AUGGUGAUGUGCUGUUCCUGCGGCCGAUUCGCGGCAUACAGCUCCUGCUUCCCCGGCGGCGCCCUCUCCUCGGCCGCCGCCGCCACCACCACCACCACCACCAGCCUCCGCUUCCCCUUUCUCUUUCGUGAGAUGGGAACACGGGCCGGAGGAAGGGUAGUCCGCACGGGCUUGCUCGCUAGCAAUCACCGGAUCUCAAUCGCCACAGCCGUGAGGGCUUCUGUGGUCGAUUCUCAUGGGAGCUCGUCUGAAUUCAUCAAGCGCAUGGAGCAGGCCUGGCUCAUCUCGCAGGUCUCUCCAACCUCUCUCUCCCUCUCUCUCUCUCUCUCUCUCUCUCUCUCUCUCUCUCUCUCUCUCUCUCUCCAUCGCAUGCCUGUUCUUUAUGAUGCUUCUCUGGUUUCUCUCCUUGUUCCGAUUCUUUCGAACUCCUGAUUAUAACCUCCCAAAAUUGUGCCUUGGUUAUUUCGAUUUAUGGUGUCAAUUGGAACCCUUCUGGAAAUUUUUUGCCUAAAACUGUGUCGUUGUCAGUGGCACUCUUCUGGGAUUGCCCCUGCGAAGACAACCUCAAGCUCAUAUGAGGCCAGAUUUUGAAAAAUUUACACCCUCGAAAUUUGGAUGGAAUUAGCUCGUUUGGCGAUGCUCCCAGGAACAAGCGGGGGAGAUCGUAUUAGAGAAGCAUUAAUCAUGGAAGUAGACUCCCUCUUUCAUAAUCCAGAAUGCCAUUAAAGCACAAAUCGGGAAGAAAUAAAGGGAAAACAAGGCUGGGGAAUGGUUUAGGGUUCAUCGCUCGGAGAAGACUGUGGAUACUUUCUUAAAAUGGAAAGAACAAGAAUCGGCGCUGCCCUCGUCAUGACAUCUUAUUUUGCUGUUUAUUCAGCUGGAUAAAUUUUCCCAUUUUUUCAUCUGAAUAAAAUUCAGUAGUUCCACUGGUCUUUCUGUUUUUUCCUUAAAUGUGUUUAUGAAGCACGUGAAGGGUUUAUUCGGCGUUUAAUUCAGAAGAUUACUCGUUUUUUCAACUCCCAGACUUCAGUUUAUGUUAAUGUUACAAAGUGGGUUCUCCCUUUUCUCCACACCCAGAGACCAAAGGCCUUUCGUCAACUCCUUGGAACAAACCCGGUUUUUAAGUCAACCCUUUCAGCCGGAAUAAUCCCAUUCUCGUUAGACCAUUGAGACUUUUCCAUUUAUGGUCAAUUCUCUUAAAUGGUAUCGGAAUUCCAGAUCCCAUCCCAAGAUCAUGCAGUAGAACGGGCAUCCAUGAUGAUAAUAAUAGUAAUAAUCUAUCUAAUUGAAAAAACGGAUGAGAAAACUAUAUCAGACUGGUAGAAAUUCGUAAAGAUGUCAUCGAGUCUGAAACUCCUGGAACUGGCCGUGGGGGGAUGCUUCUUGUGGGUUCCACCAUUUCUUUUAAGCUGAAGCUCUGCAUGUUCGUCUGGGCUGUUUUUUCCUUAAUGGGGGCUCCUCCUUCCUGCAUGAUUUGCGAUCAGCAACCAGGGCCGAUCCCUUGCUCGUCAUGCGGAUCGAAGGGCCACACAGAGUGCAAGUGGUGUCGGGGCACUGGGUUCUUCAUCAUCGGCGACAAUAUGCUCUGCGAGGUGCCCUCGAGGAACACUACCUGUGUGAUUUGCAACGGAAAGGUCCUCUCUCUCUCUCUCUCUCUCGCUCUCUCUCUCCGUUCUUCUUUGAAGUUUCCUGAUGCAGGCAAGGUCUUUCAUGGAGUUUAUGUUGCAGGGGUCGGCCUGCUGCCGAGACUGCAAAGGGACGGGAUUCAGGGCCAAGUGGCUCGACCAGCCACCGCCAAGCCCUCAUGGGGCCAGCCAGGCAUAG